AUGGCUCCAUCUAUAGUUCCAGUGGCUAGCCAUUCAAGGACUAUAGUUUCAUCAAAUGGUAACAUACAAGAAUCAACAAUAAAUGGAUAUGGUUCUUCCAGUUUUAUGUAUAGUCACAAUCAAUACCAACCACUAGGUACAAAUCAUAGAGGUAUUUCAGAAUUACAAAGAAUUAAAAUGUCAUUGAAACUGAAUAUAGAUUCAGAAAUUAAAUGGGCAUUAAGCACAUUAGCAAGAAACUCAAUAAAUCCAUAUAUAAAUUUUGAAAAUGAUACAUUUAUAGCAUAUGAAUUAAUUAAAUAUUUAAAUAAACCAUGGCAGAUUAUAAAUGAGGGAAAUUUAGCAAAUUUAGAUCAAGAUAUUUUAACAUUUAGUUUAGAUUCAUUAUUGACAUUAAGAAAUUUGGCUCAAGAUAUAUAUAAUCAACAAUGGUUAUCACAAUUACCAAAUUUCAAGAAAAAUCUCAUAGAUAUCUUAAAAAUUUUAUAUCAUUGGUUUUAUAAUAAGGAUUUUUAUAAUCAAAUUACAUAUAAUGAAUUAAUUAAAUUUGAUAAUCAAUUUAAUGAAUGUUUGGUAUAUACAAUUGAUUUAUUAGAACCUUUAACAUGUUAUUAUAUUGAUAAUGUCAAAUCAGAUCCUUUAUUCAAUUUAUUAUUCAAAUUAUUGACAUUUGUCGAUGACAAAUAUUUAUAUGUUGGUAUAUUGAAAUGCAUUUCUCAUUUAUUGAUUAUUUGGGAUAAGGAUGCAAAAGUAAAAGAUGAAGACGAUGAUGAAGAAGAAGAAGAAAGUGAGAAUGAAAAUGAAGGAAUGGAACAAGAUGAUGAAGAAAUGAAAGUUGUAAAUAAUUGUAUUGAUCAAAUUACAGAUGUACAAUUAGAGAAAAUUAUAAAUAAUUUAUUAAUCCAAGAUAAUGAAAUCAACAAUACAGUUUUAGAGUUCGUUAAAAUGUAUGUAUUUUCAAAAGCCUUGAAUGAAAAUUAUCCAAAUUCAAUACCUGAUUCACAAAGGUACAGGUUGAAAAAAUUAUUACAAUUAAAAUCAACAAGAUCAAAUUAUAUCACCCUAAUUAAACAAUUACCAAAAUUAAUAGUUUCGAAUUUACCAUUAAAUGAACCAAGUACAACUAUAAAAUCUAUUCCACAUUUAAAUUUAACUAAAAGAUCAUUAUAUUCAGGUAUACCUACAUCAGCACCAGAUUUAAAUGAUGAAUUAUAUAAAUUAAUUCUUAAUAUGACUGAACCAGCAAGAGCUUCAGCAUGGUUACAUUGUUGUUAUGAACCGACAAAUUCAGCACAUGGAGAAGUAACUCAAAUUUCAAUUUGGAAAGCUUAUGAAAAUCAAUUUGAAGAAAUUUGGAAUGCAAAUUCAAGAAGAAAGAAUACUAAUGGGAUAAAUUCAAAUAAUAUAGAAUUACAACCAUUAUUAGCAGCUGUUGAAUUUAUUAGAAAUGUAACAAAGGCAUUCCCACAUGCAGAAGCUAAAGUUAUAACAUUUGAAGAAAAUGGGGAACCGAAGAAAAGAUUUAUAAUCAAAGGUAUACAACCAAGACAGUUUCCUGUAAGUAUUGAUAUUGGGAAAUAUGAAGCUAUUCAACCAUUGCAUGAUAAUUUAUUUAAUGAAGGAAAUGAAUCAUUAACUAUUGGACAUAUAGAUUAUAAAAAAUUUGAACAUUUAUUAAACAAAAAUUUGGAUAGUUUAUUAGCUGAAAAUACAAAAGUAAAUAAAGAAAUGAUGAAUCUGAUAAAUAAAUCAAGUUUAGAAAUAUUGGAUUAUAUAAUUAAGGAAUUGUUUGAAAAUGAAUUAAAUGAAGGAAAUGAAGAAUUGAUUAGUAUUUUUAAAUUAUACAAUGGUUAUUGGUUAUUAGAAUUGAUAUAUGCUAAUCCAUCAUUAAUUGAGAACAAGAUAAUUAAUAUAGAAUGGUUAAAAUAUCUAUUAUAA